CUGAGCGAGUUGUUCGGCGGUUCGCUUUCCACUCCUACCAUGCUCUGUUAGCUCUUCCCUUCUUCUGUGUACUGUUCUUCAAGUUCUAGGUAAGCUCCAUUGAUGUCCAAUUUCAUUCAUGCUACUGUAAUCAACAAGGUAUGAAAUUGUUUGAAUCCGCGUUUUCUCUUUCAACAACUGAUUUUUCCAGACUCCGAUUCGGUCCCUUCAAUCAUUUCUGUCAAAGGAGAUGGGGAAAGCCAGCGGUGACUGCUCAAACUCGUUUAGAAGACAGAAUAAGGGACCUUAAGCUCGACACACUCGCUACCCAAAUCAGAAAACUCAGAAUAAUCUUCAAACUCCGCGAGCUCAUGAUCGAUCGGAAACGCGGCCCUUUCGUCUCAUUACAAAUCAUGUCUCGAUGGCGGAACUUUGUUGGACUCAGAAUCGGCAUUGGGGAUUUCGUUCAUAAGUAUCCCCAUGUGUUCGACGUAUUUCCCCAUCCGCUGAGGAGGAAUUUAUGCUGUAGAAUUACCGGGAAGAUGGCCGCCUUGAUGAAACAAGAAGAGAAUGUUAUUAACGAUUCCGAAAUAGAGACCGUACAGCGAUUGAAGAAGUUGCUAAUGAUGUCUGCUAAUGGCACUCUCCAUAUUCAUGCGUUGAGGCUAAUCAGCAAGGAAUUAGGGUUGCCCGAUGGGUUUAGGGAAUCGAUUCUUGUGAAGUAUUCAGAUGAUUUCAGAUUGGUUGAUUUGGAGAUUGUUGAGUUAGUUGAUAAACAUGAGAAUGUAGCUGUGGCCGAGGUUGAACAAUGGAGGGAGAGAGAGUUUAGAGAGAAAUGGCUAAGCGAAUUCGAUGUCAAAUUUGCGUUUCCCAUCAAUUUCCCAACUGGGUAUAAAAUAAAGGGUGGUUUUAGAGAGAAACUGAGGAAUUGGCAGAGGCUUCCAUAUGCAAAGCCUUAUGAGAAGAGACAAGGCUUUGGUGUUCGUUCUUGUGGGGGGAUGCAUCGCCAUGAGAAGCGAGCUGUGGCUGUUCUUCAUGAGCUUUUGAGCUUGACUGUGGAAAAGCUGGUUGAUGUGGAACGGCUUGUCCAUUUUAGGCGAGAUUUCGCCAUUGAAGUCAAUAUCCGUGAGCUUCUACUGAAACACCCGGGGAUAUUCUACAUAUCAACCAAGGGGAACACCCAAAUCGUUUUUCUUAGAGAGGCUUAUGCUAAAGGGUGCUUGGUUGAGCCCAAUCCAAUAUACAUUGUUAGAAGGAAGAUGCAGGACCUUCUUCUGUUGGGACGUAGACACACCAAGCAGUUGGAAUCAUCAAUGGAAAUCAAGGAACAUGUCAGUGCAGCCGAUAAUGGAGACUGUUUAUCUAAAAGUGAAGGAAGCUGGGUUUUGCCGAUAUUACAGGGCUUUGAUUGAAGGAUAAAGUAAAUGUCUGGUAAAGUUGAUGGUUUGUUCAUUGGGCGGGGUGGACCUUUGUUCAUGGUGGAGUCAAGUUGAUCAUCUGAUGAUGUUUGAAUGCGUCUCCACCCACUCAAAAGGGACAAAGAAGUCGUUGCCAGGUCAAGAGACAAGCGUUGGGAAUGCCUGACUUGGUGCGUAUUAUGAAGCAUCUAACCGAUAGGCAAUUGGUCGACAAAGAUCCGAGACUCCUUUGAGUUCAUCUUUAUGCAAUGAGCUUCAGGUCAUGUUAGAUUACGAGCUCGCAUACCAUGAAUGUCAAUGAAAGUGAACUUUUGGAUGGAUGAAGGCCUAUAUGGGUGAACGCAUAACAUGAUUGUAAGUGGAGAAAAAGUCUCUCUCUAAGAAAUUUGAUUAUUUUGAUUGAGACAACAUGGAUGAAUUUGU